GUGUGGUUCCAGAACCGUCGCGCCAAGUGGAGGAAACAAGAGAAGGUCGGCCCGUCGACCCACCCAUACGGCGCCUUCCCGCCCUCGACGCCCAUGCCGCUGCAGAACCCCGCCCUCCCGCCCACCAUCUCCAGCCCCUUCGCCGGCCUCGGCUACCUCAGAAAACCCCAUUCCUUCGACUCCCCACCGAUAUUGCCACCCUCAGCCUCCAGACUCCCGUCAUCUUACCUUCAGGCUGCGGCUGCGCAGCUGCUGCCUGGCGCAGGCUACCUGGCCGGCAUGUCGGGGCUGCGCGAACUGCACCAGUACCGCGCAGGUCUCAUGGCGCCCCACCACUACCCACCAUCCUUCACGCACCUCCUGGCGGGGCUCUCUUCCCGCCCCAAACUGCCGGAGGCGGAUUACGCGGCUCUUCUGGCUUCGGUUCCAGCCUUGCAGCCGCCAUUGGUAGCCCCGCCGGCCCCCGUCACGCCCCCAGAGCCCCCCAGAGUCGGGGCUUCUUCCAGGGGGCGCUCUUCUCCCCCGGCGGUUACCUCAGGAGGCGUCGAUCAAGACCGUCGAGCGUCGUCCAUCGCCGAGCUGCGCCUGCGAGCGCGGGAACACGAACUGCGCCUGGAGAUGCAGCGCAAACACGGCGAUGUUGUGACCUGAGCGCAGCGGCGCACCACCGCGCUUCCCGCCCGCACGUUGGGCCAAGGAAGACCUGCGCGCAUUACGCUCUGAAUCGGUGAUUAUGGAAGCAGUGAACUGGUGGUGAUUGCGGUGACUAGCGAAGCAGUAGUCACCAGAGACAGUGAAUAUACUGUGCAGUAGUGAGUCACUGGAAGCUGUGUACAGGACCUGGCAACAGUGAGUGCUGUAGAAGGUAGUGAGGUAGCGGGCUGCCACGGUGGCACCAGCUGCAGUGCCACCAGCCACGGUGCCACCAGCUGCAGUGCCACCAGCCACGGUGGCCACCAGCUGCAGUGCCACCAGCCACGGUGCCACCAGCUGCAGUGCCACCAGCCACGGUGGCCACCAGCUGCAGUGCCACCAGCCACGGUGCCACCAGCUGCAGUGCCACCAGCCACGGUGCCACCAGCUGCAGUGCCACCAGCCACGGUGGCCACCAGCUGCAGUGCCACCAGCCACGGUGCCACCAGCUGCAGUGCUGUAACAGUUGAGGUGAGUGGAGGCCUGAAGGAUGACCUAACCUAACCACUGUGACCCAGGGAGAUGAGGCAGGGUCACGUUAGCCCCACCUCGGAGAGUUUCCAAGAUUAGCGAACUAAUCCUUCGGCCGAGAAGUCACCAUAUCCAGCUUCAGCUCUGUUAAUCCAACGGAAACAGGAGGGAACGAAGAACAUAAAAUGCUGAGGACAAAAUACGACUGAGUUACCUCCUGUUUCCGUUGGAUUAACAGAACUGAAGCUGGAUAUGGUGACUUCACAGCCGAGGGAUUAACUCACCAACCUUGGAAACUAUUUGAGGUGGGGCUAAGAUGACCCUGCCUCACCUCCUUGGGGUCACAGUGGUUAGGUUAGGUCACCUUUCAGGCCUCCAGUCACCUCAACUGCUACAGUGCCUCAAGCCGUAGUGACUUCCCACGACAGUGCCACCAGCUGUGGUGACCUCCAAAGACAGUGCCACCAGCCGCAAUAAAACAGGAACCCGCUACUCUAAUGGUCGUUACGCUCUAUAGCAGCCAGCCACUUAAGGUGCUUCUUGUGAAUCCCAAGUAUUGCAGUAUUUAAGUUUUAACAUUUAUACCUGUGUUGCAAGGGACUAAUCCGUCCAAUGAACUGUGCUAACUUUUACUAACUUAGUGAAUGUACCUAUGUGAGUACCUCAUCCUUAGAUUAAGUGUUACUAAAUCUGAGUAAUUUUUGGCUUUGACAUGACUUAGGCAGCAAGUAGGAGAGCUGAGAGUCCCAAGGGGCAUCCCAAGGCUCAUUCCUCUCUCUCUAUACUACUUAUGUGGUCCCAUUUCAAUACAGUUUUACUAUAUGAAA